UCCGACGACCGACAGGUACAGAAUGGCUGAACAAAACUCACCUGAGCCACCAGAAUUUAUCCAGUUUCUAUUCUCGGAUAAACCAAAGUUUGAUUGUUUUUUCAUUGUCGGAGAAGAGAGUUUGGUCAAACCUGAGAGGAUUGGAGCAGUGAAGCUAAUGUUGAUGGCUCACAGUCCAGUGUUCAGGUUAGAACUGGAGGAUAGUGGUCUGAGAGAGAAGAAUGAUGUUCCCUUAAAAGACAUGUACCCGGACACGUUCAGAAAUGUGCUCAAGUAUAUUUACGGGUAUGAUAUCAUUGGAAGUUUGGAAUUUAAUGAGGCAGACAACAUGUUCUAUGUUGCCGAGAAGUAUAUGAUGCCCAGAAUGAAGAAUAAAUUGGCUAUGAGGUUGAUAACACUUUUGACACCAGAAAACGUCUGCUCACUGUUGAAUAACCCAGCGUGUCGAGAUCAACUUGAGCUCAACUCUCACAUCACUCAGAUCCUGAGAUAUGAGACAGACAAAGUGCUGGCAAGUCCACAGUUCUUGGAGGUCUGUGCAGAAGGAUUCAUCACAAUGUUGGAGCAGGAUGGACUCGCAGUUGCAGAGAUUGAGUUGUGGAGAGCUGCUGUAAAGUGGGCCAAAAACAAAGUUGACAGUGAGGAUGGGCAGGUGUUGAGACAACAGCUUUCUGGAAUCUCAGGACAUUUGAGGAUUUGCACUUUGAAUAAUGAAGAGUUGUGGAAGGAAGUGGCUCCUACAAAAAUACUGAACAAUAACGAACUGGUACUUGUGACUCAAUCUAUUGUAAAUAAGGAAAAGAUGGAUGAAGCUAUCUUGUUCAGCAAUGAGUUGGAACCAAGGAAAAGAUUGCAUAAGGAUAUAAGACUAAGCAAACAAUUGAACUCUCGUGUACAGGAACUCAAACUGACCAACCAUUCAGGAGAAUUGUCUUCUUAUAAAAUUAACUUUAACAUUCUCACCAAAAAGUCUGCUGUAGAGUUGUUGCCAUUGGUUUGUAUGGGACAAAAACGAGAGAGAAUGUAUCCUCCAGGCUGGACAUAUACUGUCGAAGGGACAGUUACAGUAAAAAAGUAUGCAGAGCCAUACCGUACAUCUGCUCCUCUUACUGAGUUCACUUUCCACAAGGAAGUAGAAUAUGGGCAAAAAUUUAAGGUUCCAAUCACUGUUCGUGGGUGCAAUGUGGUUUUAUUACCAUAUAGUAAGUAUCGAAUUACUUUAUGCUUUGAACAAGCUGUUGUACUCUUAAAGUAUGGGGAUGGUCCAAUCCAUGAGAAUGCACAUUUUCUACUUGAAUGCUUGGAUCCUACAAAGUAUUUCUGUUCUCAAAGCCUCUACUAUAAGCUGAAAGAUGAUUAAGGAUCGGCAAUGUUCUCAGUGAUGUACUUAGCUAUUUGUAGUCACUUUCAUGUAUCAAACAUUUCAAUCACCUUUAUUAUUUUAUGAUAAUGUACAAUGCUAUAAUUAAAUGCUUUGAUUUAUCACA